AGCGCCGCCUCCAUUUCUCCUCGUCCUCCUCCCAUCCCCAUCUCUGUCUCUCGCUCUCGCGGAGAUCGAAGAGAAGCGGAGGCUCCUGCGCAAGCGCCGCCGCGCCGUUCGCCGCCGCAUCGGGCAUGGCGCUGGCCGCUCGCCUCGUCUCCCGCUCCCGCCAGCUAUAUUCUGCUCAAUCUGCUUUUGUGAAUGGAGGUGCCAUUCACAUUCGUUCCUAUGCCAAGGAUGCAGCUCCGGCGGACCGUCCUCCUGUCAGUGGAGAUGACCUGCUGAAGGGCAUAUUCUUUGAGGUAAAGAAGAAGUUUGAAACAGCUCUUGGUGUCCUUAAAAAAGAAAAGAUCACAAUUGAUCCAGAUGACCCAGCGGCAGUUGCUAGUUAUGCCAAAGUUAUGAAGACUGUAAGGGAAAAGGCAGAUCUUCUUUCUGAUUCUCAAAGAAUUAAAUACACUAUUGAGACGUUUACUAAGGGCAUCCCUGAUGCACGAACUUACCUGAAUACUCUUCAGGAGAUCAGAAUAAAGAGUGGCCUUAUAGAUGAUCUUGGUAUUGAGCCUUUGAUGAUGGAAGCUCUCGAGAAGGUUGAAAAGGAUAUUAAGAAGCCACUUUUGAGGAGCGACAAGAAGAACAUGGCUAUCCUCUUGGCAGAGUUCGACAAGAUAAACAAAAAGCUUGGCAUUCGGAGGGAGGAUCUUCCCAAGAUCGAGGAAGAGCUUGAAAUCGAAAUUGCCAAAAGUGAGCUGACGGAACUUAAGAAGGAAUGUAUUGAAGCAAUGGAGACUCAACUAAAGAGGGAGGAGUUUAAAGAUGAGGAGAUGCCUGAUGUCAGGAAAUUGGACAUCAGAAACUUCCUGUAGACCUGAUCAACGACAAUCCUCGUGGCAUUUCAAAGCGCCCCAUCCAAGUGAUAUUUCUUUGAUUUUGUUUUUAAGUUGACCAGUGCUGUAAGCCACACCUAUGAGUGCUAUUCUUGCUUUUUGUAAUAAAAACUGCACCGGAGUACCAAGACAGUCAACCGUGAGUUGGAUUGUUUCUUACCGUUCUGCUGCUCUGGUGGGCACGGCAACAAUGAGAUGUCCUUGUGUUAUAAUACAUCAACCUGAUUAAGGUACGAGGCAUUCAGAUAAUGAUGAUACUUGUUAUUUGACCCUUA